AUGAAUAUGGACUUCAGCAGUGGUGUGGUCAAAAGGAAGAUCCAUUCUGGCAGUCUUCCCUUGCUAGUGCCAGGAGGCCUUACACCCAGAAAGGAGGAAUAUCAAGGACAAACCAAGAGAAAGCGCAUCCGAAGGAAGAAGCAAAAGAGUAGUUUGCAGAACUCUAAUAAUUUACGUGGAGAACAAACAGAAUCUCAAAGGGAAAAGAUUCUUGUUCAAGAUAAGUUACAGCUGCAGCAGAUAGACAGUCCCAAAAUGAGCAAAAACAAAAAGAGGAAAAUGAAAAAGAAGCGACAGAAAGAAAAAAUGAGAGCAGCUGGCUUGGUAACAAAAACUACAAGUGUGGAUUUUACAUAUCAGCCUGACAAAAAUAACAGUAAAGAAGCAGCAGGCUUAAAAGAUGUAGAUGAAAAGGCAGAUAGCAUUCUGGACUUCCUGCAGGCAACACAACAAAUUUAUUUUACUGACAAUAAAUCAGCAGGCACAGAUCCUGCUGUAAAUUUGGCAACAGCCCAAGAGCUUUUACAAUAUCUCGAAUCUCGCACCAUCUCUUCCUCAGAUGUGAUUCUUCUGCAUCAGUUGAAAUCCCUUGUAUUGCUACAGGAUAUUGAGAGAUUGAAGGACGGUUUGAAACAAUUCCAAGAACAAUCCAUGAUGCCUCCUGAUUAUACCAGGAUAAUCACGUCUCUGUUUCACUACUGGAUUACAGAUAUCCUUCCUGUGAAGAACAGGAAAUAA